AUGAAGCUGACUGGCUUUGUGUCUUGGGCCUUUCUGGCUAUCGCUGCAUCGGCUUCGCCCACUCCUACGAACCCUGAAGGUCAUCUCUUGAACAAGAGGGCUGCUAUCACGGAUGCAGCAAACAUUGGUUAUGCCACUCAGAACGGCGGAACCAAGGGUGGCGCCGGAGGAACCACUACUACAGUGACGAACCUUGCUCAACUAUCCGCCGCAGCCAUUGCAUCCGGUCCAGGAAUUGUCAUUGUUUCAGGUAACAUUGUCGGCGCGGCAAAAGUCCAAGUCGGCUCUGAUAAGACUAUCGUGGGAAAGACGGGCAGCUCUCUCGAGGGUAUCGGCCUCACUAUUCUUGGACAAAAGAACGUCGUCGUCCGCAACAUGAAGAUCAGCAAGGUCGAAGCAGACUACGGUGACGCCAUUACCAUCCAGCUAUCCAAGAACGUAUGGGUAGACCACUGCGAUCUUUCGGCCACCCGCGACGGCGACAAGGACUUCUACGAUGGGUUGACUGAUCUCUCUCACGCCGCUGACUGGGUCACUAUCUCCCAUACGUACUUUCAUGACCACUCCAAGGGCUCUCUUGUUGGCCACUCUGACAGUAAUGCCGCCGAGGAUACGGGAACUCUCCACGUCACUUAUGCGAAUAACCACUUCUAUAACGUCCGUAGUCGUGGCCCCCUGUUGCGUUUCGCUCUCAUUCAGAGCUCCGUCUUCGAGAAUGUUGGAAAGAAGGCCAUCUUUAGCGAGUCUAGCAAGGAGAUUGGGUAUGCUGUUGCCAUUGAUGUUGUGCUUGGUGGUGAAAGCCAAAACACUGCGUCAGUUGGCACAUUGAAUGCUAACAGCCCUCCUUACUCGUACUCUCUUCUUGGAUCUGCUAAUGUGAAGGCUGCUGUGACCAAGGAAGCCGGACAGACCCUUGGGUUUUGA